UCUUCUAAAAUGAAAAAGAGAUGGUUAAAGAGAGAAACUCAACAAACGAUCUUCAAUCGCACCAGCACCGCCCUCCAUCACUUCAUCCACGCCGCUGCCGCUCCCACUCUCACUCCCUGCACUUUUCUCUCCCUCAAACCCAUAUAAGUAAUCUCUCCCUCUCUCUCUCUCUCUCAAGCUCAUUUACAUUAUUUGGUAUCCCCAAAUUGCCUGAGUUUCUCAAAAUUUUCAAUUGGUCUCGAGGUUAGAGCUAAAAAAUAUGGUGACUGGAUGCUGAAGACAUCAUUCUUUCCUCGCAAAUUAUCAUCUGUACCAAUCCUGAACGCUAGAGGAGUCGGAGCCAUCCAUAUAAAAGCAUCUACGACAAAAAUGGAGCUUGCAAUCACACGUCCUGAUGAUUGGCAUCUUCAUCUUCGUGAUGGUGAACUUCUUGAAGCAGUUGUUCCCCACAGUUCGUAUCACUUUGGAAGAGCCAUAAUCAUGCCAAACUUGAAACCUCCUAUCACUACCACAGCUGCAGCUGUGGCCUACCGCCAGUCAAUUUUGAAAGCUUUGCCAAAAAAUAGUGAUUUCACUCCUUUGAUGACUCUUUAUUUGACAGAUACCACCAGUCCUAGUGAGAUUAAACUAGCAAGAGAGAGUGGAGUUGUAUUUGCUGUGAAGUUAUAUCCUGCUGGUGCAACCACAAACUCUCAAGAUGGUGUAACAGAUCUAUUUGGAAAGUGUUUACCUGUACUUGAGGAAAUGGUUAACCAAAAUAUGCCUUUGUUGGUCCAUGGGGAGGUAACAAGUCCUGAUGUUGAUGUAUUCGAUCGCGAAAAGGUGUUCAUUGACACAGUUCUUAGCCCCUUAAUUCAAAAGUUUCCACAAUUGAAGGUUGUCAUGGAGCAUAUUACCACAAAGGAUGCUGCAGAUUUUGUCCAGUCUUGUGAUGAGAGAUUUGUUGCAGCAACUGUGACACCGCAACACCUUGUUCUUAACAGGAAUUCCCUUUUUCAAGGAGGACUGCAGCCUCACAACUACUGCCUUCCAGUACUUAAGAGAGAGAUACAUAGACAGGCAAUUGUGUCAGCUGUUACAAGCGGAAGCAAAAGAUUCUUUCUUGGAACUGACAGCGCACCUCAUGAAAGAAGUAAAAAGGAGUGUCCUUGUGGAUGUGCUGGAAUCUAUAAUUCUCCUGUGGCCUUGUCAGUGUAUGCCAAGGUUUUUGAAGAGGCGGGCGCACUGGACAAGUUAGAAGCUUUUACGAGCUUUAACGGACCAGACUUUUAUGGUCUUCCUAGAAACACAUCAAAGAUUACAUUGAGAAAGACCCCAUGGAAGGUGCCAACAUCAUUUUCCUUUACAUGGGGUGAUAUUGUUCCGAUGUUUGCCGGUGAGACACUAGAGUGGCUACCAUCUCCGCUGUAGAACAAGAGAAUAAGAUCGCCUAUUUCUUUUGGCAGUUAUUUGUUCUUAGCUUUACCUCCAUGGCGUUUGUUUAAUGCAACUCAAAGUUGCUCGCUAUUUGAAUUAUUGAGGAAGAUUUUCAAAUCGCAGAACUAUUUUUCAUUA